AUGGGGAUUUCCUGGCAACUGACUUCGGUCUUGGGGUUACUGAUCCUGUGGACAAUCCUUCGACUUCAAAUCGUCAACACGGCCGAAGUAGCUUCUUUGAUUUUCAUGUUUGAAUGGAACCUUUACAAAACCCGAAAACGCCAGAGACUAGCCAAGGAUCUCAAUAGAGAUACAUCGUGCGUCGCCUGCGCAAUUGGGUACAACGAAAACCCCAAGGACUUUCGAAGAUGUCUCCAGAGCUACAGGAGCCAUGGAAAGAGUGUCAAGUUCUUUGUCCUCGCAUUAGACGGGACCUCGACUGAGAACCAAGAGAUGAUGGACAUCUUUCACGAGGAGUUCCGUACAAGUGGGAGUAAUGUGUUAUCCUUUCCUGACCCAUUGGGCGUUAUGGUCGAAACAGAGAUGAAACGGCGCAACCAGCCAAAUGACGCUCAAAAUCUUCAGAGGCAGUCUCAACGGGCUCUACGACAUGUCUGCAUGAGAGUAGCAGAGAUGAUAGACCAGCAAGGUGAUCUGGCCACCGCUCAGAGAAGUUCCCCAGAUACUGUCCCGUCCUUGUGUAUCUUGCAACCUCACUCUGGCAUCAAGGAAAUCCGAUUUGCGGCAUGGCUUGUUUCCAAAGUCAUUGCAGAUAAACUCGGAACGCCUUGGAUAUGGUCAACGGACUCAGACACCUCUGUGCUUCCAGAUUGCAUUGAGAUGACUGUUGCCACCUUGGCUGGGGAUGACAAGGCUGGCGCAGCAUCUUCCUCAGUUAUGAUCCGAAGUCAACCAUGUUCUUUACUGAACUUAGUCUACAGGUCCUAUUUCCAAGCUGGUGUGUACACAGCGCGGGCGUUCUGUGCAGCAAAUGGGUCGUCGACAAUUCUGACCGGUCCGAACACCGCAUAUUCUGUCCACGCUUUGGCACAGGCCCUUCUUCCCUGGUACUUGCAGACUUUUCAAGGCGCCAAAGUGUGGGCCAACGAGGAUGCUCAUAUGGCUACAUGUCUGGGUCAAUUUGGUUGGAAGCGACUUUACGUGAGCAACGCCCUGGUCAUGAUUGAAAGUCCACCAUCAUGGACAUCAUGGCUCAUGCAAAUGGUACGAUGGCAACGAGCACACCACAUCGAGCGGAUAUCCUCUCCCGGAUCCAUCUUCACGGACGACGUGUUUGUCUUCCUCUGGCGCUUCAAGGAACUGACCAUCCUUCCACUCUUGUUCAUGGCCAACAUCAAAUUCGCCUUUACCGGACAACCCUUGGUCAGCGGUUAUCCGACGUUGUUCUCUGGAUUUCUGUUCUCUCGUGCCAUACUCGGCUUCUACAACAUUAUGCGUUCUUUCGAAACACAAGUGAACUAUAUACGAUGGCCAUUUGCUGUCAUGGUCUACAUAUUCACCCUUCCAUUUGCAUUUGUUUGGAGUUUCCUAACCAUCUUCGUUGAUUUUUCAUCGGGGAACCCACGGGGCAACCAUCCUACAGAGAUGCAGUAUAUUGCUUUUGGUAUUUGGACGAUCACAACCAGCAUCACCGUCGUUAGAGUUAUCUACCGGGGCGUCCAUGCAUGUCUUUGA